CGAUUGUAGAAAUCUGCCCAUUAUUGCCGUACGAUGAGCAUAUUACCGAAUAAUAUGAUUGCAGAUUUUGACCGAAACAUUGACAAAUUGCGUACAGCAAGUGCGCAGGAUGAAGCGGUCCUUAAACGCAAGGAAACUCUUUUCAAUCAGCUAAAAUCAUGUCUCGCACAGUUUUCCACAGAGCAGGUAACGGCAAAGAUGCUACAGGAAAACAAUCAAGAAUUGGAGUGCCAGAUACGGAGCGCUUCGGAGGAACUGGAGGCACUUGAGACAAAGUGCAGCAGAUUGGCGUUGGAGCAGCUACGGUUGAGCAGCCCUGAUUCGGAUAAAGUAGCGAAUCCUAAAGCACCUACGGCGGUUGUGUGUGCCGAAAAUAGUUCAGCAGAUACCGAGAGGCAAGUAUUCGACAAAAUUGUGCGCCGCUACUGUAACCUCUACUUACAGUUCGAUGGUCUAUCGAACGUAAUUCGGGUACUUUCCAUACAGAACAACAGCUUUUUUGAGGUGGCCCUAAACUCCAAGCCCAACGACAACUCCCUGCAGGAGCAAGUUUGGGCACGUCUCGGAGCCACGAGUCAUCACCUCAAGUCCUGGGAAAGUUUAUUGUAA